UCGAAAAUGAGAGGCCACACAAAACUCACGCAAAUAGUGGAGAGAUUGACCUUUGAUCCACAAAAAGGAUGAGAAGAAUCUGCCAGAGGGAGAUGAAAAAGUUUGGUCAUGCAUAUUCAGAUUGAAGAAAAAAGAAAGAGUCGUAAAACAGAGAUAAAAGAAAGAAGACAAAAAUGGUUGGAAGCAAGGAGAAACGAGACAAGAGACUCCAACAAGUCUCUCUCCUUCGUACUAUUCCUUACUCCGAUCACCAGAGGUGGUGGACCUCUGAAACUGUGGCGGUGGUAACAGGUGCGAAUAGAGGGAUAGGAUUUGAGAUGGUGAAACAAUUGGCUGGACAUGGCUUAACUGUUAUUCUAACAUCUAGAGACGAGAAUGUAGGCGUCGAAGCCGCUAAAGUGUUGCAAGAAGGUGGGUUCAACGUUGAUUUCCACCGCCUUGACAUCUUGGACACUUCCUCAAUUCAAGACUUCUGCCAAUGGAUUAAGGAAAAAUAUGGAUUCAUUGAUGUUUUAAUAAACAAUGCAGGUGUAAACUACAAUGUUGGAACACAUAACUCCGUAGAGUACUCUCAUAUGGUUAUAUCUACAAACUACAAUGGGACAAAAAACAUAAUCAAAGCCAUGAUUCCAUUGAUGAGACAAGCUUCUCCAGGUGCUCGUAUUGUCAACGUCACCUCGAGGCUUGGUAGAUUAAAAGGCCGCCACAGUAAACUUGAGAAUGAAGCUGUGAGAGCUAAGCUUAUGGAUGUGGACUCUCUGACAGAAGAAGCCAUCGACGAAACAGUAUCUGAGUUUCUGAAGCAAGUGGAAGAAGGAACGUGGGAAUCUGGAGGUUGGCCACAUUCUUUCACAGACUAUUCCGUCUCCAAAAUGGCUGUGAACGCGUACACGAGAGUACUAGCGAAAGAACUAUCUGAGAGACCAGAAGGAGAGAAGAUAUAUGCAAACUGCUUUUGUCCCGGUUGGGUGAAAACCGCGAUGACCGGUUAUGCGGGGAAUAUCUCAGCAGAGGAUGGAGCUGACACUGGAGUCUGGCUUGCAUUGCUUCCCGAUCAAGCUAUCACUGGAAAGUUCUUUGCCGAGAGACGUGAGAUCAGUUUCUAAAUGAGAAAAAUGGAUGGGACUUGCUUCUUGUGUUGUUCUUACUCGUUUUUUUCUUAAGAAAGAAAGCUAUUUAAAGUUAGUUUUAUUUAUAGUUUAAUUGUGAAAGAUAUAAGAGUUGAUAUGAAUAAAAGUUUU